AUCCCUUCUUUCUUCUCCACACUCCCUCCACAUCCACCAAUCCAAACAAACUAAAUUACACAAUAUGGCAAUGGCAACCCAAGCCACACUCUUCUCCCCUUCCUCUCUUUCCUCCACUAAAACCAUCGAUCCCCGCCUCACCUCCUCCUUCAAACAACCCUCCGCUCUCUCCUUCGCCUCAAAACCCGCCUCCCGCCUCUCCAUCCGUGCAGCCGCUGCUGAAGGCAAAGCAGCCGAGACUACCGAGGCCGCACCCGAGGCACCCAAAGGUUUCACUCCUCCGGAAUUAGACCCUAACACCCCUUCUCCAAUCUUCGCCGGUAGCACAGGUGGGUUACUGAGGAAGGCGCAAGUAGAGGAGUUUUACGUGAUCACAUGGGAGUCACCAAAGGAGCAAAUCUUCGAAAUGCCAACAGGUGGUGCAGCAAUAAUGAGGGAAGGACCAAACUUGCUGAAAUUGGCACGUAAAGAGCAAUGUUUAGCACUUGGAACAAGGCUAAGAUCAAAGUACAAGAUAAAGUACCAAUUUUACAGGGUAUUUCCAAAUGGAGAGGUUCAAUAUUUGCACCCAAAAGAUGGGGUUUACCCUGAAAAGGUUAACCCUGGUAGACAAGGUGUUGGUCAAAACAUGAGGUCAAUUGGUAAGAAUGUUAGCCCUAUUGAGGUUAAGUUUACUGGCAAGCAACCUUAUGACUUGUAAGUUUUUUUUUUUUUUUUUUUAAAUUUGAAGGUGAUCUUCAUUUGAUGGGACAAAUAUAAUGUGAUUAUUAGCAUGGGUUGUAUUAUUAUUUCCUUAUUAAAAAGGAUCAAACUUGCCAAAUAUUUGACAUCAUAAUGUAUGUGUAUUUUGAUUUAGAUCCUUUAUAUAUAUUGUUAUUGCAAAACA